AUGGGCAACAAGCAAACGGUUUUCACUCAAGAGCAGCUGGAUGCAUAUCAGGACUGCACGUUCUUCACUAGGAAGGAAAUCCUGAGGCUGUUCGACAGGUACCGAGACCUGGCGCCGCAGCUCGUUCCCCUCGACUACACGCGUAACCCAGCCGUGACGCUGCCCUACGAGCUCAUCAGCAGCAUGCCAGAGCUGAAGGACAACCCGUUCCGGCAGCGCAUCGCAGAGGUCUUCUCGGAGCGUGGAGAUGGUAGCAUGACUCUGGAUGAUUUUUUGGAUAUGUUUUCAGUGCUCAGUGAAAUGGCUCCCAGAGACUUGAAAGCUUAUUAUGCUUUUAAAAUUUAUGAUUUUAACAAUGAUGAUUACAUAUGCAAAUCAGACCUAGAGAAAACUGUCAGGAAGUUAACCCGAAAUGAGCUGACCCCAGAGGAAGUCAACCUGGUGUGUGACAAGGUGAUCUAUGAGGCUGAUGUGGACAAUGAUGGCAAACUGUCCCUGCAAGACUUCCAGCACAUGAUUGCACGAGCCCCAGAGUUCCUCAGCACAUUUCACAUUCGAAUCUGA